AUGUCCAUAACGCGGAUUCGUGAUCGAAAGCGCUCGCGAGACCAAGAGGACGAGAGGGAAGAUGACCAGCUGCCUUCCCUGAGGACGAACCGCUCGUCUCGCUCUAUGAGGUCUCGUCCGGCUGGUCUGGUACUACUCUUUGAUGAGGAUGAGCCGGAUGAGGCGGUCGCGUCGAGCAGAGCAGACCCUUCUGGGGCGAUGCCUCCUGGACAGAAGAGGAAACUACAAGAGCUAGAGCAAGUCUCUGAGGAGGACGGAGAAGAAGUUGACGCUGUGGAAGACAUCACUGUCGUAGACGGCUCGAUGAGCGAUGGCGUAGUAGGGGAUAGGGGUGGCCUCUCGAUCGAGACACGACUCUCUGAUCAGGAUACUGCAGUAACGCUCUCGAGGCGACAAGGGGAUUACGGACGAACGACAAAGCGGAAGAAGCAGUCGCACGAUGCGGAGAGCCUGAUCGUCACCAGCAGUGACGAGGAUGAAGACAUCAUCUGCUUGGGGCAGAAUCGGAAAGGAGGGGAUGAGCCGCGCGGCGCGCUUGACAGCGACAGGUCCAGAGACCGCUUCCACUCCGAGCGGACCUCUCGAGAUACCGUUGUCGCCCCCUCGCCAGCUGUCCCACCACUCCCCUACGCGCAGCGCGUCGCCAAGGAGGCCCUCUUCCGACUCAAACGCAGGUUCAAAGAAUGCAGGCUCAGGAAGAGGACCAACAAAUGGAUUCGCGAGCAUGUCGACCGCUGGACGCGGCCCGGAGUCGCCUUCAUUCGGGCUCGGUCGAUCAAUUAUCAGCUUCUCGCUUGUGAUGACCUGCUCAACAUCGAGGCCAUGUGGUACCGGUCGAUACUACAGGGCGUCCGCGAUCGCCUCACGAGUCGCCGUGAAGAUCGGAUCAUCGGCUUCGAGAAUGUCAAAUUUUUGGUCCCCACCGAGAUGAUCGAAGUACGCGCUUUCCUAAAAGCUCCGUGGUUCAACAAGGAGCAUACCGGCGUCGCUUUACGAGGUCGAAGGUCGUCUCCCCAUCCGCUGCGUCUCGGACUCCCAUGCAGUCAGCGCAUGGACGAGCGGAACGACAACUUCGUAUCAUCCCAACUCGACGCCGUUAUCGCCGAGCGUACCGCCGUAGACGCCUGGAGCACCGAGAUCAACAUCGUCAUCACGCUGGCCGAUGAACUCCGCACCCUAUUGGCGUCGGACCCGGAUGCGGCCUCGGCUAGUCAAUGCCGGAUCCUGGUGAAGAUCCUACUGGGCCAGAGCGGGGUCAAGGAGGCACUGGAGCAGCUGGAGAAGGCGAGGCAGAAGAUCGGAAGGGAGAAUAAAACUCGGAUCUCAGAUAACCCACGGGAGAGGACCAAACGCUGGCUGGAUCGCGGCCAGAGGCUCGUUUGGUCCCUCACUACCGUCGUCAAAUCGGAGCAGCGUGCGUUUGACGCUCUGCUCGCUGUCGUCCGCCGGGCCCAGAAGCAGGCCGAGAUCCAGCUCGACCCCGCCAUUCCCCAGCAUAUACGUUGCGUCGGCGACAAGAUCGCCCUCGCUUUCCCGCCCGGAUCGAAGCUGGCGGUAGCUCAGGCGGAGGUACUGGAGGCGCGUAAGCUCCUGGGAAAGGCUAAGUGGUAG